GAGAGAGAGAGAGAGAGAGAGGCAGGCGAGAUGUGGGUGCUGAGGCAUGCGCCGCGGCGGGUCUGGCGGGUCUUCCAGGCCAGGAGGCUCUCGGGCCCCGCUCAGCAAGAAGGUAAAAGUAAUGCUGAAGAAAAUACACUCCGACCAUUGUACAUGGAUGUCCAAGCAACUACUCCUAUGGACCCCAGGGUUUUGGACAGCAUGCUGCCUUACCUUGUGCAUUUCUAUGGCAACCCACACUCUAGAACCCAUGCUUAUGGGUGGGAAAGUGAAUCUGCUAUGGAAAAGGCCAGAAAUCAAAUUGCAUCUCUAAUAGGGGCAGAUCCUCGAGAAAUUAUUUUUACCAGUGGAGCAACAGAAUCCAACAAUAUAGCAGUUAAGGGUAUUGCAAGAUUCUAUAAAUCCAGAAAGAAACAUAUAAUUACAACACAAACCGAACACAAAUGUGUGUUGGAUUCUUGCCGUGCACUAGAAGCUGAGGGCUUUAAAGUUACAUACUUGCCUGUAAAGAAAAAUGGAAUUAUAGAUUUAAAGGAUCUACAAAGUGCAAUACAACCAGACACAAGCUUGGUUUCUGUGAUGGCUGUGAACAAUGAGAUAGGAGUGAUACAGCCAGUUGGUGAUAUCGGUCGGAUCUGCAGCUCCCAUAAAAUAUUCUUUCACACAGACGCUGCCCAGGCAGUUGGGAAAAUCCCACUGGAUGUCAAUGAAAUGAAAAUUGAUCUAAUGAGCAUCAGUGGCCACAAAAUAUAUGGCCCCAAAGGGGUUGGUGCAAUUUAUGUUCGGCGACGACCAAGGGUGAGAGUGGAACCCAUACAGAGUGGAGGAGGCCAGGAACGAGGAUUACGUUCGGGGACUGUGCCAACUCCUUUAGCUGUAGGCCUUGGAGCAGCUUGUGAAUUGGCACAGCAAGAGAUGGAGUAUGACCAUAAGCGAAUUAGCUUAUUGGCUGACAGGCUAGUUACAAAAAUAAUGGCAGAAGUUCCUGAUGUGGUAAUGAAUGGAGAUCCAGAGAACCGAUAUCCAGGCUGCAUCAACCUGUCUUUUGCAUAUGUGGAAGGAGAGAGUCUGCUUAUGGCACUUAAAGAUGUGGCACUUUCUUCUGGAAGUGCAUGUACAUCUGCAUCUUUGGAACCAUCAUAUGUGUUGCGUGCAAUUGGAACAGAUGAAGAUUUGGCUCAUUCAUCUAUAAGGUUUGGCAUUGGCCGUUUCACUACAGAAGAAGAAGUGGAUUAUACUGUGACAAAAUGUAUACAGCAUGUCAAGAGAUUAAGGGAGAUGAGUCCGCUGUGGGAAAUGGUACAGGAUGGCAUUGAUUUGAAGAGCAUUAAAUGGACACAGCAUUAAAGAAAGGAGAUGCCUUAUAAACGUAGACUGCACUGAUGUGGACUGAAUGGAUGUAUUCUGUACAUGCCCAAAGAAAACUAUGUGGCACCUAUUUCAAAAUGCACAACAUCUCUGUGACAAGGGAAUUGCCAUUUCUGAAUACAGAAUCCGAAAAAUAAAUCUGAAACAUGUAAUCAGACCUAUAUUACACAGCAAAUAUACAGAGACAUCUGGUUCUUUGCACCAAAGAAAUUACUGUAUUUUUAUUUGAAGGUCAACGUAGUAUGUCAAGUAAGUGUUGUACUCUGAAAAAUGUUUCUGCGAUGUUUUCUCUCGAAACAACUUUGCAUCUGUUUCAUCAACAUUUAUUCUGCAGCAGAAAAAUGUAUUUGGAUGUACUAUAUGGUCAGAAGUAAACCUUUUAUCCAAGGUAAUUUUCCAUCUAAAAAUCCUGUGCCAUAUUUUUGAUCAGUGGUGUGUAUGUUAUAAUAAUUAGUACAGCUAUGGCAAGGCCAAAUAGUGAUUGAAUAAAGAUGACUUUGCUCAUAAUAAAAUGCAACUUAUUCUCAUAA